UUAAAGUUCAUUUUCAACUUAAGAUACCAACAAGUAGAAUAUGUACACAAGAGUCUUAAAACAAGUACGACUCGGGGCUCUUCUGUCUAAUGGAUUCCGGGAGUGCAAAAUACCGCAGUAACGGCAAUAGUAUUGCACCAAAACCGUGUAUCGAUAUAUGCAAAACUAUUAAUAACUGUCAAUAGUACUGCUUUUUCUCAUACUAUCUUAGCAUACUAUCGAUAGUCUAUCAACGCUAUUGAUAGUCAACUAUCGAUCGAGAGGCAACAUUAUUACAUUGUACCUUGCUGCACUGCACUGCACGCGGCGCACGCAAACGAAAAACAAUAAUGCAAUGUUUUGAUUUUAGUUGGUUUUCAGUUUAUUUAUAUCAUUUGUGAUUACAGUUUAAAUAAAAUGUUCGUUUUAGCCGAGAUGAAAGACGUAAUUAGGGUUAUGCCAAGUCGUUUUCACCAAAGUUUAACAGAAUCAAUUACCACAUUGCUGAAUACGAAACUAGCAAAUAAAGUAGUUUUAAAUGUAGGUUUGUGCAUAGCUCUAUUUGAUAUCACUCACAUUGGCCAUUCGUAUAUAUACCCUGGAGACGGUUCUUCACACACUGAAGUCAAAUUCAGAUACAUUGUAUUCAGACCUGUAGUUGAAGAAAUUCUCAUAGGAAAAAUUAGAAGUUGCAGUAGAGAAGGUGUACAUGUUACUUUGGGAUUCUUUGACGACAUACUAAUACCAGUGAAUGCACUGCAACAUCCAUCUCGGUUUGAUGAAAAUGAUCAGGCUUGGGUUUGGGAGUACCCAAAGGAAGAUGGAGAAAAACAUGAUUUGUUUAUGGAUUCAGGUGAAUCAAUUCGAUUUCGAGUGACAAGUGAAGCUUUUGAAGAAAGUUUGCCCACCGGACCUCCUGGGUCAGAGUGUGCAGUACAAACAGUAGCACCUUACAGACUGGUUGCUGGAAUUAAUGAACCAGGUUUAGGUCUACUGACUUGGUGGGAAGCUCCUGAGCAAGAUGACGGGGAUGAUGAUGAUGAUGAUGACAGAGAACAAGAAAAUGAUGAAUAAAUAUUUUAAAUACAA